GCUGCGAGGCAGCGAGCGCGGGUGAAGGACACGGCGCCGUGCCGGUACUCGUCGGAGGGACUCGGAGAGCCGGGUCGGACGCAGGCCGGUCGCUCCCCUUCCCGUGUCUUCCGCCGUUUGAAUGUCACCUCCGGAAGGAUGCUCGGACGGCGCGCUCCCACGUCUCCUCGCUCAGGAAGGCACAGGAGGGCAUGAAGGACUCGGGAAGAGGGAGAAAGUCAGGAAGCUUCCUCCUUUCGAGCCGCUAGCUCGGGUCUGAUCUCAGACCGCAGCUGUCACCGAGUCCCAACGGUGACAGCGGAAGAAGGUUCCCACGACCGGCCGGAGGUCAAGGAGAGGAGGGCCGCGUCGCGUCGCGUCGCGCCGCGCCGCGCGGGCGGGCGGGCGGGCGGGCGUUUGUUUGUUCGGAUAAGAACAUGAGCCGACUGAAGAAAAGAACGCGAAUGAAUCCGUGCGGGGUUGACCCGAUUGAGUUUUGGGCUUUUUGAGGGUUGGCCCCGUCUUGCCUUUCGUCGCUCUCGCUCCAGCUCAUCGGCUCUAGAGCGCCGUAGCGCUGUUCCGUCGCCCUGGGCGAGGGGGCGGGGGGGCGGCCCACGGUACCCCCCGACAUCCGGGCGCCAGCGGGCCUGCGCUGGCAAGAUGGCCGCCCUCGCCAGCUCCCUCAUUCGGCAGCGUCGGGAGGUCAAGGACCCCCAGACCAACCGCCAGAUCGCCAGCAAGCGAAAGCCGUGCCCGAAAAGCAACAAGUCGCUCUGCCAGAAGCAAAUCCUCAUUUUGAUAUCAAAGGUCCGAUUAUGCGGCGGUCGAGGCAGAAAAAUGGAGAAAAGACCAGAGCCGCAGUUGAAGGGCAUCGUCACGCGGCUCUACUGCCGACACGGUUUCUACCUUCAAAUGCUGCCGGACGGCACCAUGGAAGGCACAAAGGACGAAAGCAGCUCCUUCUUGCAGUUCAACUUGAUUCCUGUGGGCCUCCGCAUCGUGGCGAUCCAGAGCUGCAAGACGGGGCGCUACGUGGCCAUGAACAGCGAGGGCUACCUCUACACCUCGUGGCCAUGUACAGGGAGCCGUCCCUCCAUGACGUCGCCGAGCAGAGUCCGCCCAGGAAAACGCCCAAGACCUCCAGUGAGUCGCCGGUGCACCACAAUGGCAAGAAAGAGCCUCAAAGCAAAACCAAAACCUCGUCAUCCUAGCGGUGUGAGACAAGAGGGCUGGAGGGGGAUCCCCGGAGGACACCUGAACAGGGUUGCCAGGUCCUGCAACACGGAUCCCCCCCCCCCCCCGAGACUCUUUGGUUACCUUCAGCGGGCACCGAAGAGAACGUCCUUCAUGUCCUGACCUCUACAAUUUGGGAAGCAAUAACGCCGACAAGAGGUGUGGCCUUCUUUUUUUUUUUUCCCAGUCGGUCCAGCAGCCGAGCAAAAAGUCUUCCUGGCGUUCACCACAAUUGGUUCCUCAGCCACCGUCUCGCUCCAUCGACGUCUUCCAUGCAUGUCAGCAGCUUUUUAACAAGCAUUAUGUGUGUGUGUGUGUGUGCGUGAGAGGUCUUCUUCCAUGUAUCACCGCUGUGAUUUUGUGAUUUCAUUAGUUUCACACUUGUACUCAAUUUUCCACUCUUUGUUAAUGUUGUUAAUCACAAUCUGUCAACCCUUCAAAAAAAACACAUAGGUGCGAAAAAUGUGCAUUAAUUGGCGUGGGUGCGUAGCUGAUGAUGUAACUGAUGGUUAUAUUACGGAUGUGUUGACGACACGAUGCCAAACUGCAUGGCAGACAAAAAGAUUGAGGUGAAAGGAAAGAAUGAAAGCCAAAACGAUCCCUCAGCAAUGAAAGAGAAAUGAAUAACGCCGAAAUCUGAGCCUUGUCUAACGCUCGCAUCAAUGCCAACACAAUAACGCCGACGGUGAUGUUGUUCUUCACACAAGUCAAGAUUGUCUCACUUUUAAGCAAGGUACAAAUCACUAAAUGUGAUAUUAAAUUGCAUUGCCGUUAUUGCCACAUUUGUAAUUGCUGAAACGCCACUUUCACACCGGGCGGAAGCGCUUAAAACCUUAAUUAAAUCGCUAAAUAGACCUUCAGGUUGCCAUGUUUGACCAGUCAUCCCCCAUGGAUCACUAAGUCCAUUAAAUGUUUGACUAUUCUUCCCAAAGUAAUUACACAAAUGUUUAAUUAAACACCGCUGGGUGCUGGAACAGAAUUACGGCUGCAGGCAGAUAUUGCGUGGGUGGAACUCUCGAAGAUUUCAAUUUGAAACGGGGGGGGGGGGAUAACUUUCGGAACUAUGUUAUUCGAACGGCAUUUUUUUAAGAAAAUGUUUGUUCUUUUAAGUUAAGAGGCAAGAAGCUGCAAAGAGUUGACAGCAGCGCUCGUGUUUUGAAACGGAGCUGCAUCACAGAACGCAUGCGUUGAUUUUGGAGUUUGAAAGGCACAGGAUGAGGUGAACCAGUUGAGGGGGGGGGGGGUUGCAUUGCGGACGCCGGAGCUCAGACAUCACCUCUUGGUGUUGAUGGCCCAAAAAAGAAUACGGCGGUGCCUCGAGAUACGAGGGACCCGACUUGCGAGCGUCCACUUGAGAUACGAGCGUGUUAAGGUGGCAGUGGCAGCUAUAAUGAAUAUGAAAUGUUCUUUUCAAAAAGAGGCUUCGAGCUGUUUAUUGCCACUCCCAGUUGAGGUUUCGUGUCAAACUCAAGACAAUUACACAUUUCAAAGAGCAACAUAUCUUAGCCUUUAGUCUGUUAGCUUCAGGCUAAUGCUCAUUAGCGUUUGUGUGGCUGCGUUCGGGUGUUCUGACCCUUUAAGCAGCGGGUAUUUGAACACGAACGGCACAGCAACACACAUGCUGUACAUGGACAAUAUAACAGUACUCGCACUUAUAUACUGUAUUCUUUAUCCUCUCUCUCUAUAUAUAUAUAUAUAUAUAUGAAUCCCACUUGAGUUUUAGGCAGGACACGCCCCGCCGCAAUGUGAUUGGCUGCGACAUCCAGGUAGGCAUGAAGUCAAGCAUGAAGAGUCAGUGUGAUUUGGCCAAGACGCACACGCCAAAAAGAGCAAAAGAGCAGCACAAUGCGCAUUGAAUUCCUUGACAAACGGACAUUUUCUUUCAUUAUGUCACUACCUUAUUUUUUUUAUAUAUAUUUCUUUUUUAAAUGUACAAGUAUAAUAUUAUAGAGAUCUUUUUUUCUCAUUCAAAUAAAACAUUGCAUUUUUGUUGUUGAAGAAAUCAAACUUGUAUCUCGAGGCACCGCUGUGUAAUAAUAAUAAUAAUAAUAAUAAUAGCAGACAAGGUUUGCAUAUCUGCUUUUACGGGGACUCGCAAAUUCGGACGAAUCGGGAGCUCGUACUCCUCCCCGGGGACUCCCCCCGUCGCCGGCACGCUGCAGAGAGGGAGAGAGGCUGACCCACCUGGGGGUCCGCUGUGUGGAUACUGUCUGCGGUGGGGGUGCUGUGCUGUGCGAGGGGAGUAAGAAUCAAUGAGUGCAAGUCACUGGACAAAACAAAGCAAUAAACCCGAUGAACAAAGUGCAGCCAGCACCACGUCCCAGACGGCGAGAGCGAGAGGAGGGGGCGAGAGAUUCAUAUUGAUAUUGCAAGCUAACGCACACAGGCUUCGAUUUGCAUGUGCCCUUGCGUGUCCGUGUGCGUGCGUGCGUGUGUGCAGGCAUUACUUUGCGGUGGAGUCCCUUCGCCACAUCUGCAAUGCAGCAGAAAACACACCAAAAAAAAAAAAAAA